AUGUCAGAAGUGAUCCUCUCUGUCUUGCCAUACCGUGAGAAGAUAAUCGUGCGGCGUAUGCUAAAGCAGGAUAUGAGGAAGAUUCAAGUAGACAGUCUGCCAGCACUUGUUCACCUUGACAAAACUGGGAGCUACUCAGAACUAGCACUAGGAGAAACAAAGAGUCUUGUAUUCAUUCGAGAACUGUAUAACCUAGCUGGCAUAGAUGAGGAGGAAGAAGAAGGAGAGGUUCAAAAGGAUGAUGGCAGUUUACUUCUUAUUGAUGCUGGGUUGAGAGUAUAUAUGCAAGAUUUGGAGUCCACCCUUCAUUACUCAUUUAGAAAAGAGAUUUGCAACUUUAAAGUGGUGAAAGGUGAAGAUCUGGCAGCAUUGAAGUCAUAUGUCAGUGUUUUGUCCAAGUAUUUCCCUGGACAGCCCCAUGUGGUCAAGUACCUGUGGUCACUAAAUAAAUGGAUGCAGAGUGUCAGUGGACAGGUCACAGACAAAGAGUGGGAAGCUAAGGUUAAGGAACUUAAGACUAAGGAUGCUUACCUGCCAGAAGUGACCAAGUGGGUUGCCUGCCAGGGGAGUGCAGAGAAGUACAGGGGCUAUCCUUGUGGACUCUGGACCCUGUUUCAUGUAUUAUCAGUACAGGCUGUGGAUGUCAACCUAGACAGGAAGUAA